AUGUUUUCACGUCACACUGUGUUAUCCGUUCUUUUUCCAUGAAAAACGAUAGUCCCAUGUAAGUGUUAACAUUCUUUUGAACACCCUGUAUUUGCCGUUGCUGAUGUUUAUCGCCGAAGAGAGCAGGUAGUGUUAUUUCCCAUCUGAAGGCGCACGUGGCACCACGCAUCUUCGGCACGUCGAUUCAAUCGUUCGGGAGGUCGCAAACGUCGCAGGAUCGUCGUGCAAAAGAAAUGGGAGAGGUUUUCAUCAUCCAGCAGUGGAUUAACCAUGGCUGGUGGCUAGGAGAUGUUAACUCCCUCGCCUGGUAGGCAGGAGGUCGUGGGUUCGAUCCCGACCGUGACACCUGCUGCUGUAUAUUUGGAGUUUGCGUCUCUCUCUCAUCAUCAUCACGGUGGCUAUGAGAUGUUAACUACCUCGCCUGGUGUGCAGGAGGUCGUGGGUUCGACCCCGACCCUGACGCCUGCUGCUGUGUAUUUGAAGUUUGCGUCUCUCUCUUACCGUGGGCGUGUGGAUUUUUCCCUGGGUCCUCCGGAGAAAAAUCCUCCACAUUUAUAAUCAAAGUCACGUGGUUUAAGAGUAUUCGGCUGCUAUAAAUGUCCGUGUGAUAAGCCAAUCGUUGAGCUGUCAUCUGUGGCCAGGUCACUCCUGAAAAAGACUUGUAUACCUCAGCGGGGCCUUCCCUGGUCAAAUAUAAGAGUAGUUCAGUUUCAAUAGGUUAUUGUUAAGCGAGGACUUUCCGUACUGUAUUAUUGAAAGCCGGUACGGUCAAUGGGAAAUCCUCAAUGAUUCAUUGUAAUAAGCACCGCCGUGCGUUAAACAGAAUCUUAAAAAAUUUCCCCGCCUCUGCACUGCCAGCGGUAUAAAGAUCUUCCACCCCAGAGGUUUGAUUCAUUCAGCUGCCGGAGUAAGAGCCUUAAACGCCGACCUAAUCCAGCACAUUGGUAGCGACCAAGUGUGGAAGAGUAGGGCCCAAAAGUACUCUUAUUAAUACGAGUGGCUUUCUUGAACCUCGGGUAUCUGUAGGCUCUUUGGGUUAGCCCCCUUCACUUUGGAGUGAGGUUCCCGGAUGCGCGUGAAGGAUAUGGGAUCGACUGUGAGGCGUUCGCCAUGCACGCAGACACCCACCACGGUCUCCCCGCUCCCAGGGCCUUCGCACGCUGCCACCGCUCUGGAGAAAGGAGGAGCAGGGCCAGGAGGAGGAGGCAUUGCGAGGAUCAUGGGGGAGGCGUUGGCCGUGCUGUCGGCCCCCGUGCGGGACGGGUACCCGCUCGAGGUGCUGCGGCACGAGCCCGACUUCAAGUACCUGUGCGGCGCCUGCGGCCGCCUGCUCAGGGCGGCCGUGCAGGCGCCCUGCGGCCACCGUUUCUGCCACGGGUGCCACAGCAAGCUGGCCACGAGGCCAGAGCAAUGGUUGUGCCCUCGUUGUCAGGAAGAAGGAACUCACGAAGAGGAAUUGUACUCGUCGCCCAACAACCAGUGUUUCCCUGACCGGGCGACUCGCCGUGAGGUGGACCAACUCCCCGCUCGCUGCACCAACCCGGGCUGCUCGUGGUCCGGCAUCGUGAGAGACUACGAUGGUCACGAGUCGUCUUGUGAGCUCCGCUGGGCCGCGUGCCCUGCGUGUGGUGGCCGCGUGCGACUCCGCGAGUUGGCGGAGCACGCCCAGAAGAGCUGCCCCGCACGCACAGCGCCUUGCAGGCACUGCCGGGCACCCUGCACCGCACAGGAGCUGCCGGAGCACGACCUCACCUGCCCAAAGUUCCCCACGACCUGCACUGCGUGCGGGAAGCGCAAGAUACCCAGAGAGAAGCUGCCUCUGCAUGAGAAGUCGUGCCUCCGCGUCAAGCGGCCCUGCCGCUUCGCAGACAUCGGGUGCCCCUUCCAGGCCGAGGCUGAGAAGCUCGCGGGACACGAGCAGCUGGCGACCGCCUCCCACGUCGCCAUCCUGCGCUCCUUCCUGCUGCGCUUGCACGGCCUGCUGCCGACUCAGGCCGCUUGCGCCGCCACCGCCGAAGCAGCCGGUGACGGCGGCGGUGGCGGCGGCAGUGGUGGUGGUGCGGCUGCAGCUGCGGCGGGGGCAUCGGUCCCGCAGUUGGAUCCGGCUUCGGACGGCCGCCUGUCCGAGCUGGCGCUGAGGUUGUCCCGGCUGGAGGUGGCGGUGGCGGCGAGGGGCGGGGGGGGGGCCGCCAGACGUGUCGGGAGGCCGUCGGCGGCCGCCGGGGCUGAAGGAGGAGCCGCGGCGCCAGGCGACGGGAAGGAGGCGGCGGCGUUGGCGGCGGUGGUUCCGGCGGCGCUGGAGCAGCGCUGCGCCAGGCUGGAGCGCUCGCUGGGCCCGCUGGAGGCCACCGUGGCCGCGUUGGACCGCCAGGCCGAGCGCUGCUCCGCCGCCGCACGGGAGGCCCACACGCGGCGGCAGGCCGAGCGUGGAGCCGUCGCCACGCUCACCGGCAAGCUGCAAGCGCUGGAGCGCAAGCUGGCGCUGCGGGAGGUGGCGCUGGCCGACAUGACGCUGCGCCUCUCGACCCUGGAGCUCUCGUCCCACGACGGCUCCUUCGUGUGGCGGGUCGGCGACGUGGGCCGGCGCCGCAGCGACGCCGCCAGCGGGCGCCAGCUCGCCGUCUACUCGCCAGCGUUCUUCACGAGCCGCUACGGCUACAAGAUGUGCCUGCGCCUGUACCCCAGCGGCGACGGCGCUGGCAAGGACUCGCACCUGUCGCUCUUCUUCGUGCUCAUGCGGGGCGACCACGACGCCACGCUGCGCUGGCCCUUCCGCCAGAAGGUGACCCUGAUGCUGCUGGACCAGAGCUCGCGCCGUGACCACGUGGUCGACGCCUUCCGCCCGGACGCCACCACCUCCUCCUUCCAGCGCCCCACCGGGGACCUCAACGUGGCCAGCGGCUGCCCCCUCUUCUGCCCCCUCGCCCGCCUAGUUUCGUCGGAACAGACCUACGUGCGGGACGACACCUUGUUCAUCAAGUGCGUGGUGGACACGACCGACCUGUGACCCCCCCCGAGGAUUGGGGGAUGGGAGCAACUUGGGGAGACUCGUGCAGCAAUGUAGCACCCUCAGGGCACAGGAGGAGAGGAGGAGGUGGUGGUGGUGGAGGAGGAGGUGGUGGUGGUGGAGGAGAGGAGGAGGAGGUGGUGGAGGUGGUGGUGGUGGUGGAUGAGGAAGUGGAGGAGGAGGAGGCUCUUCCGCAGUGGAGUGGUGCGAGGGGAGCGGCAGGGAGAUGGUUGAAGUGGCCUGCGGUGGGUGGGUGGAUGGGUGAGUGGGUGGGUGGAUGGAUUAGUCAGUGAGUGGGUGGAGGGUUAGUCAGUGAGUGGGUGGAUGGAUUAGUGAGUGAGUGGGUGGAUAGGUUAGUGAGUGAGUGAGUGGGUGGAUAGGUGAGUGAGUGAGUGGGUGGAUUAGUGAGUUGAUGUAUGAAUGGGUGGGUGAGUGUCUGAGUGGGUGGUUGAGCGAGUGAGUGCGUUGAAGUGUGAUGGUUGGUGCUUGUUGUGGUGUUUGUUGUGGCGCUUGUUGUGGUGGUUGUUGUGGUGCUUGUUGUGGUGUUUGUUGUGGUGGUUGUUGUGGCGCUUGUUGUGGUGCUUGUUGUGGUGGUUGUUGUGGCGCUUGUUGUGGUAGGAGGGGCACAGCGUGGCUUGAGCAGGCCGUGGCGCGUCUCCCCGCGCCCUCACGGCGGGCGAUGGCUGCUGGGCCAGCGAAGAGCCGUGACGGCCAACGCAGCGGAAGGAAGGGAGGGAGGGAGAAUACGGAGCAGCGGAAAGGAUGUGUCACCCCGAGGGGUUGGAGGAGCCAUUGAAGUGAUCGGCACCGGAGCACGUGGGGCUAGAUGUUGACUGCCUCGCCUGCUAUGGGAGGGGGCCGUGGGUUCGAUCCCUGAGCAGGCAGCCCUGGUGAACGCAGCGUUGUCUAUAAACUGUUUAAUCCGA